CAUUAGCUCUCAUGUGAUAGCUCUCGCGCAUGACGUGCCAACCAUAUGGCACUGGCAGCAGAGCUGGUACCCCCUUUGCUGGGUAGAGAUGCCACUCUCGCCUCCUUUUGGAUAGAGGACUGCAGGAGGCUGGAGCACCUCAAGGAACCACGUCCCGGUCCCAGAAGAUGCUGGGAACAAUGAAAUAAGAAUUCCUCCGGUCCGCCCGAAGCCACCAUGUUGACGCGACUUUUCAGCGAGCCCAGCCUGGUCCCCGAAGUACCGAAAUUCGCCGGUUGGGCCGAGGAGUGCGAGGAGGAUGCCCGCAGCGAGAAGGAGGAGCGGGCGGGGAAGGGCUGCUCCCUCCCCGAGGAGCCGCCCGAGGGUUCGCUGGGGGAGAGCAAGGAGGAAGGGGAGCUAGGAGGGGACGAGGAGGAGGAGGAGGAGGAGGAGGAAGGCUUGGAGGAGGCGGAGGGCGAGCGGCCCAAGAAGCGCGGCCCCAAGAAGCGCAAGAUGACCAAGGCGCGGCUGGAGCGCUCCAAGCUGCGGCGGCAGAAAGCGAACGCCCGGGAGCGCAACCGCAUGCACGACCUGAACGCGGCCCUGGACAACCUGCGGAAGGUGGUUCCCUGCUACUCCAAAACCCAAAAGCUCUCCAAAAUCGAGACCCUUCGUUUGGCCAAGAACUACAUCUGGGCUCUCUCCGAGAUCCUGCGCUCGGGCAAACGGCCCGACCUGGUUUCCUACGUGCAGACUCUGUGCAAGGGGCUGUCGCAACCCACCACCAACCUGGUGGCCGGCUGCCUGCAGCUCAACUCCCGCAAUUUCCUAACGGAGCAGGGUCAGGAGGGUGGCCGUUUCCACGGCCCCAACGCCUCCUUCGCCGUGCACCCCUACCCCUACCCCUGCUCGCGGCUGGCCGCGGCGCAGUGCCCGCCCGCCGCCGGUCCCGGUUCCCACGGGCUGAGGACACACAGCUACUGCGCCUCCGCCUACGAGAGCCUCUACGGCAACGCGUCCCCCGACUACAACAGCUCGGAAUACGACGGUGGGCUCAGCCCCCCGCUCUGCAUCAACGGCAACUUCUCCCUCAAGCAGGACUCUUCUUCUCCCGAUCACGAGAAAAGCUACCACUACUCUAUGCACUACUCGGCGCUGCCCGGCUCCCGGCCCGCCGGCCACAACCUGGUCUUCGGUUCGGCGGGGAUGCGCGGGGGGGUCCACUCCGAGAACAUCUUCCCCUACGACAUGCACCUCCCGCACGAGCGGGGCCCCAUGUACGAGGAGCUCAACGCCUUCUUCCACAACUGACACCCCCCC